AUGGCAUCCAAACGUUCAAGAGAUGAUCCUGGACUGGAUGACGAGGUGGCCAGCCCCCAAAGCAAGGCUGAGAACAAGAGACGUAGAACUGCACUAGCCUGCGCUCCUUUGCGAUGGGCGGAGACCAACUUGCUUGUCUUGUCAGAAAAUGGGAUUCGAUUGCGAAUACCACCAGCUCACGACCUCAACGAAUGUAAUCGCAGGAAAAGAAGUUAUCUCUCAACGUUGGAAGAUCGUCUUAAGAUCGUCGAAUCAGCUCUCGAAAAUGUUCAAGGACAGCUUCAUGAAAUGCGGCACCGAGAAGAUUCGGGCUCAGGGGAAUCCAGUGGCUCCAGCUGCCAGAACAUUACAAACAGUAUCCUAUUACAAGAUUCAGAGAAGGAAAGCGAGCAGGUUGAUGCCAUGGGCGCCGUCGUAUUCGUGAAUGAGGAAGAAUCGGGCUUCUUUGGUAUGCCUCCUCAAGUCCUGCCCGUCUUCUUGCUCAGUAACAACAGGGCCAUCAUCCAAUAUCGCAUUUCUACGUCAAAUAUCACAGGCUGCAAGAAACAGCAGUAA